AUGGCAGUCAAUGGUGAAGACAAUGCAAAUGCUGCAGAAACUGAGAACGUAAGUACGUUAAAGGCAACACUGGAUUCUGGAUUUCAUUCACCAAAGCGCCUCCUUCGGGGAUGUCCACCUACCCCUCCUUCUCCAACACAAUCUCAGGCUUCGUCAGCAACACGCGCUCGGACUUCUUCUUCGGAAACCGAACUUCCUGCUCCAUUGAGUACUAAUUACCAUAAUUUGCAUUCAUACCUCGGAACUAAUUUAAGUUGUGAACCACCAUCGACUCCUGAAUCUCUCUCGCAACCUCAACAUGCUGGGUCGGACCAUUCAGAGCAAUCUCCUCCACAAACUCCUGAAUUGGAUUCUCUUACUGUUCAACAUGAACCAGGAAAAAUGUUCGUUGGUGGACUUAGCCCUUUCACAACUGAGGACUCACUGAAAAUAUACUUCGAGCAAUUUGGAGUAAUCCGAGAAACUACCGUUAUGAGAGACCCCAAUAACAAUCGCUCAAGGGGCUUCGGUUUCGUGACUUUCGAAGAUCCUGAUUCUGUUACUGGUGUAUUAAAUAGUCGCCCCCAUCAAAUCGAUUCAAAAAUGGUCGAUCCAAAAAUGGCUGUGCCUAAAACGAGCUCCUCCCGAGCAAAGUAUAACCAAAGUGGGUCAAGAUCUUUCUCAAGAACCCCCGAAAUGGCUCCCCCUACCGUGAAUAGAAAGGUGUUUGUCGGUGGUGUUGCUGAACGAACAACUAAAGACAUAAUGCACGAAUACUUCUCCCAAUUUGGACAGAUUGAACUCUGCGCCCUAAUGAUGGACCGUGAAACCAAUAGGCAUCGAGGUUUCGGUUUUGUGACCUACGAAAAGGCUGAAGAUGCAGCAAAAGUCUGCAAAAUACAUUAUCACACUCUUGACGAAAAGAAGGUGGAAGCAAAAUUCGCGGUUCCUAAGGAUCAACUUAGGGGGAAGAGCAAUGCGUUGAAUCCAUUGACUGGACGCAAUGCUUACACUUAUCCAACUCCACCUCCAGUGUCACUGCCAAACCACUUUCCUCAAGCUCUAGGUGGGUUCAAUAUGCCCCAAGGCCAAGCAACUCCUGAUGCUUAUACCUACUUGCCAGGGUAUUAUGUCCAUGCUAACGAAUUCACCUUCAACCCCAAUAUCUAUGCAGCUCCUCAAUUCUGGAAUGGCUAUCCCAGCCUCCAGAAUUAA